CAAGAUAGAAACUUUGCUAUUCUACUCGAGCAAAACGUCGAGCAACCCGAUCAUCCUCAUUAAUGUCGAACAUUUCGUCGAGCACAACAAAUUCGGCCAACAUGCUCGCGUGUGGAUCACCUGCUUAAAGGUUUAAUUGCUUUACAAAAAAAAGGAACCAUAGUGCAAACAACGGAAACAGCUUUCCGGAGCCUCGAAGAAAACAUAGGCAACGCCAAUAUACCAUGAGUCAAAUGCAAACAAACAAGUGGCAACUCUAAGUGAUAACGGUCUCACUAAGUGCCAAUGCUAGUUUUAUUGAUGUGCAAAGAUACGAUAUUUCACAAGUUUUAUACAACCUUUGCUGAUGCGCAUAGAACUUGUUUUUCAAAAUUUAUAUCAGACAGCACAAAAAUGGCAUGUCGGGAGACCACAAUUCACACCGCCAGCAUUGCUGAGGUGCACAACAUACCAAUGAGUGCCAUAAAACGGCCAAUACCCCCAAUUUUGGACGAGCAGAAAGUUGCCUCCCUCAUGGACACUAUAAAGCAAGAAACGGGCGAAGAGCAGGUGCCACCCAUAGAUAUCUUGUGGAUCGUCGGCAGCAAAGGCGGUAAUUACUAUUUUAGCUUCGGCGGCUGCCACCGCUUUGAGGCCUACAAGCGUUUGCAGCGCGAAACCAUAAAAGCUAAGAUCGUUCGUUCAACUCUGGGUGAUCUUUAUCAUUACAUGGGCUCCAGUGCACCUAAGUAUUUAGUCUGACAACAUAAACAAAUCACAUAUAUCUACAUUUGAUUGGACAAGCCAAUAGAAAUCGAUCAAUGGAACAUGAGUCGAUGCGUUGAUGCCCUUACGUACUACGUAAUAUGAAUAAAAAUUUAUUUACAUAAACUGAUUCUUGUUUUUACAAAUUCGUGUUAUAGCUACUUGUAAAUUCUAUAAUUAUAGUUUAUACUGCAACUUAAUAAAUAAAUCAUAAAGCGGUAGCUCACCA